AAAACAUGUGUUUGUUGUUUUGUCAUUCCAAAAGAAAAUUGAGAAUAAAACAACAGAAGUUUCUAUUUCAUUCAUCGUAUGCAGGGGAUUUAACUUUUCUGUAAAAAACUUUUGAAUUUAUUUCUAUAUUUCAAGUAAAAAGAUAUGUAUCAACUUUCCGAAGAAUUCUCUGAUGGGAAACAAAUUGUUUACAAACUGAUAGAGGGUAUCGUCGGCGAUGCAAUCGAUACAAUCAGUAGACAGAAAGAGCGGUCUGUUGACAUCCCAAUGCCUCAGAAUGCCUGCAAUAUAGACAGAACUAAAGCCUGCUUAAAAACGGAAGGAAUGAACGUUGAAGAAAAUAUGAACGAUGAAAAAUUUGAUCAUCCAAGCAUUGAUAGCAUAAGUUAUCAUAAUAUUGCAGAAGAUUGCGUUCGGACUUCAACAUUGGCCACGCAAGGAGAAGGAGACUUUGAACACCCUUACGUAAGGGAAGCAAAAGCAUUUCACCAACUCCAGCUUGAGUCUGAGGGUAGCGAUCACAAAUGUCCCGGAUCUCCCUCCACGUCAGUGCACUCUUCAUUUACUGAUGAACUGAUUUCCCAGCUUCAUAGAGACAUAAACGGCAUGUCACUCGACAAUAUUUAUCUAAGUGACAGUGAAGUGGAAAAGGAGUGUAGUGCUGCACGGGAGGGUCUGGAGAUAGAAUCUUUCUCAAAAUUUGAAGAAGAAAGCACGCAAGCCAAAGAGUGUCACCAAAUUAACGGAUCUAAUGAUUUGGAAAAUAAUCGAAUGGAUAAAGAGAACGUCUUUAGGCUCAGAUGUUCCCCAAAGUUCUCUCAUCUUAAUAAGAUUUUUCCAUAUGAUCAUAUAAACCUAAAGGUAAAUUUCGAUCAAAAUGGAAAAGAUGAAAUUCAGGGAUUUUUAUCAACAUGUGGUCAGGAAUGUUUUUCUACCAAAAGCAAUGAUGACGGGGAAAACAGCUUAACCCUUACAUAUCCUUUAGAAAAUUCUAUUAUUUCGUCAAAUGAAGAUUCAGGGACAGAUUCAAUUUUCCUGAAAUGUGAACAAGGUGCACUAAAUAAAGAAGCAACUGUUAUUAUUACUGAUGAUGAAGAAACCAAAGAAAAUGACUGGGUGGAGGCAAAUGAAGUUGAGAUUAGAAUAACAGAACCAGCUAGCUCCAAAGACAGUAUACAAUCAGAGAGCACCGCCAAUGAUAUGAACAUCGUCAACACAAGACAGUAUUGGUCCAACAUUGGCUUGAUCACAGAGCAUUCCGUGGACCGCAGGUAUUUGGGUCCAGUAGACAUACCUGGAUUAGAGUGUAUGACAGGUGUUACCAGGGUAGAAUCUAAGUACUUGACUAAUAAGCAAGAGGAAUUAAUUCGUACGACAGAUGCCGAGACUUUAGACGUGAAGACAUCUGACAAGAAUGUCCAAUGUCUUAAAGAUACUGGUUCAAACAAAUCAAACUAUCUAUCUCUUCCGAAAACGAAAGAGGAACAGAAAAAGAAGAAAAGGUUAAUGUCAAGGCUAACAAAGUCUAUAAGUAAUAUAUUUAAAUUCCACAGUAAAUCAUUCAAUGAAUAAAUCAUGUGAUGAUGAAGUAGCUGCUGAUGCACACUCCAUAUACCUUUAUGUUUACAAAUAAUUUGAUUAAAGGUGACUCCAUGUAAAUUCAAAAUUAUUGAAUAAUGUAGUGGACACUACAGUGUCCGGUAGAACAAGAUUAUUUCAAUAAUAAACAUCUGUUUAGUGU